ACUUCGAUUGUAAUUUCGCGCGAAUUCGGUUACCUUCUGUAACCAAGCUUGUAACCUGGCACGAUCUCGGUAUCCUUUCGAUACCACGAGAACGCCAGUGAAUAAAUCUUGACUUGGUCCAUUUUCUGCCUUGUCCUUUGCAUUUCAAGAGAACAGAGAAUUUACGAGAACACUCCAAAAGUGUUUACAAGCCGAGAACAAAUUACUUGUCAGCUGACUAUCUACUUUCCCAUCGAAUCAUCAACGAGUGGAAUUCACUACCUCAGCACGUGGUUGAGGCUCCAUCCGUCGACUCUUUCAAAAGAAAGUUGGAUCAACUGAGAGUCCACCAUUGCCAGGACUAACAUAGGCCAUCGAGCCUCCUGUCCUUCCCAAACUGAAACUAAGCGUUACCGGGACUAAAGUGGAGGCGGUCGUAAAUAAGUCUUCAGUAAUAAGGAUAUGAAGGUCCAGCUUCUUGAAAACAAGCCAGUUACUUUAUACAAAGUCGUAACGAAGUCAUUGGAUAAGUCCACAGCAAUGAAAUCCUAUAUACAAAUAGGUCUAUUCAAACCAAUGAAUCUCACAAAAGAAGUUGAUUUCGGACCGAUUCGUGGAAGGGGUCUUGUUGCUGCUCAAUUUAUAAAUCCUGAAGACAUUCUUUUUUCAGAAGACCCUCUAAUAUGCUGUCAGUUUUCAUGGAACAAGCUCUAUGGAUAUAAAGCUUGCGAUCAUUGUUUAUGUCCACUCGAAACAUCGGAGGAGAAUGCUAGAAGACUUACUAACAAUCCGUCGCUUGUAUUACCUUAUCCAGAGGCAUCAUUUCACUGUAGCCAAACUGUUCACUGUCCUAAUUGCUUAGCUAACUACUGUUCCCCAAACUGUCUCGAAUCAGCUGCUCUUACAUAUCAUUCUCCAAUGUGUAUGGCAUCCAUCGAAAGAGGCAAGGAAAAUCCGUUAGAAAAAUUAGACAUAAUCUGGCGACAGUCUCAUUAUCCUCCAGAAAGUGGUACUAUCUUUUUACUCGUUCGUAUUGCUGCUGCAUGUCUAUCUGCGUGUCUUAUUGGUUCAUCGACCUCACAGCAUUUAGUUGAAGCACUAAAACAGUUUGUUUCUAGUACAAGUGCAAUGAUCAAUGAAAAGGCAAAUGAUAUUCUCUAUCAUCAAAUACUUGGUGAUCAGUUUGCUACAUAUAUCGAAGAGAUUCAUAGUGCAUUUAUUGAAGUACUCUUAUUUUUAUGUCAAAAGUUUAGUCAUGCUACAUCAUAUGAUGAUUGCAUUCAAACCCUGCAAAAAGCCGGGAUAAACACAUUAUUAGAGAAAAAUCAUUUUACAAGUGCUUUAUGUCUAAUUAGUCGUAAUGGUCAAGGUAUUGCAACAAGUGCUUUCAGUGUCUGGGUUAAUCAGGCUGGAAAAUUAGUUAAUACAACGAAUGAACAAACAUCUAAUGAAUUUAAUUCCUUUGUCAACCGGCUAUACUCGGCAAUUGAUGAUCACGUCGGUUCUUUUUUGGACAACGAAGGGGUCGGUUUAUAUUACUACCAAAGUCGGAUUAAUCAUAGUUGUUCACCGAAUGCAAUAAUUCGUUUCAGUGGAGUCAAUAGUCGAUUAUCUGUGGUUGCAUUGACACCGAUUCAAGAAGGUGAAGAAGUCACUAUCUCCUAUUUGGAUCAUUGUCUACAAUCACGUUGUCGUCACACAAGACGUAAAUACUUAUCAUCAAAUUAUUUGUUUUGGUGUGAUUGCCCUAAGUGUGAAAUGGAAAAGAUUGAUGGUGCAUUAAGCGUGACAUCCUCAUCUGAAGACGAUGAAGAUGGUGAUGACUAUUGUACUCAACAAGACAAAUGUGAAUAAUUUCAUGAAAACUCGUCAUACCCCACCACCCAACCACUCACCCUCAAUACACAUGAAACAAGCUAUUUUGACAAAUUCUUUGUAUGAUAAUUUGUGUAAAAUAAGACUCAAAUUAUGAAUAAUCCUUUUGGCAAUUGUUCUUGCUCUGUUACUUUGUUAUUGAUUGACUGAACAAUUGUUUGAUAAAGAUAUCUAUGUCCAGCUCAAACUAAAAUAGAUGUGGAGUAGAAUACCAGUCUCUUUACAGAUUGUCAAAAUUUAA